AUGUCCCUCUCGGCCCCGAUCCCAGACGUGACAUCUCCAGGCAUCGGAGAUGGUCAAGCACCAGGCCCUUCUCUCGCCGCUUCGAUGGUCAUCCGGCCAAACGCCAUCGCCGCGCUGGAGCACUACAAGCAGAAAGAUACGUCUAAAGUCGUAGUCCGCUUCAAGUCCAUCGGCGCCGCCCCGAUAAUGAAGAACAACGUCUUCAAGGUCACCGCGGGAAACAAGUACGCGACGGUGGUGACCUUCCUCCGGGGACAGCUUGGGAGCAAAGAGGGGGAUCCACUCUUCACCUACGUCAAUGCAGCAUUUACUCCUGCACCGGAUGAUAUAGUUGGGAACCUGUACAAAUGCUUUGGGACAGAAGGCCACUUGAUCAUCAACUACAGUAAUACGCAAGCCUGGGCAUGA